GCCUGUGCGGGUAUUGGUAGUGAUUCUGUUUGCAAACAGCACUUCUCAGGCGGGUGUGUCUACGCUGCACGGUUACAUCAGCUGCACUUACAUGUGCGCAGGAACGAAGAAACUAUUUCAGAAAGUGUGUUAGUAGACUAGUAUAUGUGCGUUUAUUCGUGUACGCUGCUUGGCAGAAUAGCCACGAUUAGGGCGGAGUUCUCCGAUUGCAAAGUGAAGGGUCGCUGGACUAGCCAUUUUCACGUUACUCACGAGAGGACAUUGUCAAAUGUAGAUUCAAUCUAGGUUGGAUUCAUUUCCCAAUCAGCACGUAGCUUCGUCUCGGUUGGUAGUGGCACCGUUAUAUUGGAUAUAAACAACGCCGUGCACGAUCUUGGAACAUCGGAACUUGAGUUCAAAACUCGAAGAAGGAAAGGCACUCGUAGCAGAACAGCGCUCGACAGUAUAGGGCUGUGGCAGGGCAGCCUCUGUGGCCCCCAUGGCCUACACCCUUGGCUCCGGGCCCGACCCUGGGCCCGCCGUCGGCACCCAGUACUGCGUCACCAAGGUGGAGCUGUCCGUCAGCGGCGCCAACCUGCUGGACCGGGACGUCACCUCAAAGUCCGACCCCUUCUGCGUGCUCUUCCUGGAGGUGGACAGCAACUGGGUGGAGAUUGGGCGAACAGAGACAGCAGUGAACAACCUGAACCCAGUGUUUGGGGUGAAGUUCCAGGUUGACUACCACUUUGAGGAGAUCCAGAAGCUCAAGUUCGCCAUGUUCGACGAGGACAAGUGCAGCACUCAGCUGUACGAGCACGACUUCCUUGGAGAGUUCACCUGCACAUUGGGGGUGAUCGUGUCCAGUAAGAACUUGCAUCGGCCACUCAUACUGGCCAAUGGCAAGCCAGCGGGCAAAGGAACUAUCACGAUAACUGCACAGGAGCUGUCAGACAACAGAAUAAUAACGAUGAACAUGUGUGGGAGAAAGUUAGACAAAAAGGAUUUCUUUGGAAAAUCAGACCCUUAUUUAGAGUUUCACAAGCAGGGGGAGGACGGGAAGUGGAUGCUGGUUCACAGGACAGAGGUGAUUAAGAACACUCUGGAUCCCGUGUGGAAACCCUUCACCAUCCCACUUAUCUCCCUCUGCAAUGGAGAUGUCGACAGGAACAUCAAGGUGCUAUGCUAUGACUACGACAACGAUGGAGGCCACGACUUCAUCGGGGAGUUCCAGACCACUGUGGCCAAGAUGAGCGAAGCCCAGAACUCCCUGGAGGUGGAAUUCGAGUGCAUCAAUCCCAAGAAGCAGAGGAAGAAGAAGAGCUACAAAAACUCUGGGAUUAUUAUUCUGAAGUCAUGCAGGAUUGCGAGAGACUACUCCUUCUUGGACUACAUUCUGGGAGGAUGCCAGCUGAUGUUUACAGUGGGCAUUGAUUUUACCGCCUCCAACGGGAACCCGAGAGAGCCGUCUUCUCUGCACUACAUCAACCCCAUGGGCACCAACGAGUACCUGUCCGCCAUCUGGGCUGUGGGCCAGAUCAUCCAGGACUAUGACAGCGAUAAGAUGUUUCCUGCCCUGGGGUUUGGUGCACAGCUUCCUCCUGACUGGAAGGUGUCGCACGAAUUCGCCAUCAACUUCGACCCCACCAACCCCUUCUGCUCAGGCGUGGAAGGGAUCGUCCAGGCCUACUCCACCUGCCUGCCACACAUCCGCUUCUACGGCCCCACCAACUUCUCUCCCAUCAUCAACCACGUGGCCAAAUUCGCCUCGCAGGCCGUCCAGCAGGCAACUGCUGCUCAAUACUUCACCCUGCUGAUCAUCACGGACGGCGUGAUCAGCGACAUGGACGAGACGCGCCACGCCGUGGUGCAGGCCGCCAAGCUGCCCAUGUCCAUCAUCAUCAUCGGCGUGGGCAACGCCGACUUCGCCGCCAUGGAGUUCCUGGACGGGGACAACCGCGUGCUGCGGUCGUACACGGGCGAGGAGGCCGUCAGGGACAUUGUGCAGUUUGUCCCCUUCCGGGACUUCCGCAACGCGCCGAAGGAAACUUUAGCCAAAUCGGUGCUUGCGGAGUUGCCCCAGCAGGUCACACAGUAUUUCAAGCAGAGGAACCUGUCGCCUAGCAACAAAGCGCCAGAGUGAAGGCUUGAGGCCUGGGACUGAUUUGCAUGUUGCCAAAAUCUCCUCGCUGUUUACAAAAAUAAAAAAAUAAAUAAAAAGACACGCAAACAAACAAAGCAAACUGCAUGAAAAAUUUAAAUACGUUUUUAAUACCUUGUACGAUUUUUAAAACCGACCCCUCUAACCCCGCUAACCACCUCCCCUCCCCCCACCCCGGCCCAGUCCAGAUGCAAGACUUUUUAGAAAACAAUGAAAAAAGAAAACAAGGAACACUACUCAAGCUCCAAGGCUUAAAAAGAGAGAGAAACAAGAAAAAAAGUAUUGAAUGUACCUUUGUACUGAUGUUAUCUGUUUUAUUACCGUUGUUGUUUUUAUUUUAUAAUAAAAUGAUGUUAAUAAUGUUUUAUGUAUCUCUUAUGUAGUGCAUUGUAAAAUCUGUGAUAAAAAAAUGAGUACCCUU